AUGGACGAUAAGCUCAACUCAUCAUUUGUAAAUGCAGCGAAUGCAUUAAGCGCUCUCUUCAAAGAAAGCCAAAACCAAGUAGAAGAGUCAUACCAAAGAGGUAAAGCUGACUUCUACCAAGAAGUUCUUAAGUGGAUGCUUGAUUCUCAUAAUGGUGACAUCCGAUAUGUUACAGUUGAAAACUUAAUGGAAUUUGUUAAUAAUUGUUUAUCACAGCCAAGAUCUAUUUCUCAAGAAAUUCCUAUUGAAUAUCCUUUGAAAAAAUUCAAACCUUCAAGAAAUUAA